CUGCUGGGGUCGCAGCACUAGGCUACGUGUUCUCUCUGGCAGCUGUCGAGCCAGUCGUAUGGUGCUGCUGCUGCCUUUGGCGCAAGAGCACAGAUCAUCUCUUUAGGCAGUUCGGCAUCUUUUCUUAUUUUUGAAGGCUGGUGAUUUUCUUGCCGGCUGUGUUCUGCACUUUCACCAGAGAAUAGUAAAUGCAGAAGCUUUCAAGAGGGAACAUACUUUGUUCCACCAACUAAUCUGACAAUGGCAAAACCUUAAAGAUUCAAAAUUAGCUGUGAUUGAAUAUGAUUAUUCUAUUUGUCGAUGGCUGUAAGGCCUGUCUUAUUUUCCCUCUGAGACUUGUCACGUUUAUUGCUGAGCAGGUUGCUACUUUUUGAACGCGAUGAGAAAAGCAGCAGUUGUUCUACUGAACGUAUAUCUUGAACAAACACUAUGCCCUAGCCUUGCAGAUGGUAAUUAGUUUGAAUCUCAGAAAUGUUUCAUUCAACAUCAAGUCAGUUAGGGAACUGAAAUUCUCAUCAGGACAAGCAGCUCAUACUGCCCCUGCUCUGAUGUGUCAGUCAAAACGUAGGACUGGUACUCAAUCCUGGUACAUAUGACUGUCUUUCUGAAGAAAAAAAUGAAUUCUCCUGGGAACGGGCACCAUGUACGCUUGUUCAGCUGGAUGCCUCAACUUGCCUCUUUUGUGCUGAGUGCAGAUAAACUGACAGUGGUGCCACUAACAGCCAGUGUCAUCUGUUGACGUUGAUGGAGCAGAUGCUCGUGCUCCUUGUAGAAAUACUUACGCUACAGCUGUUCUAGCACUACCUGGGGCCCUUCAGUGGGCUGCAGUGGAAGAACAGGGCAGCUGCCCUCCUGCCUUACGCCAGAGUGAUUCUCUGCUUUGUCUAGCCAGAACAUUAGGAUUUAGGGGAGCUUUAAUGUCAAAGUCCAAUAUCUGCUGAAUUAGUACUUCUGUAUCUGUGUGGAGGGUUCUUAUCUGUGGUACAGAAUUCCACUGUGUAGAUUUUCAUGGCUUUUACACAUGGUGUACUUUAUAUAAACAAGGAUGUGUGCCACAGUGCAGUUAGGCAAUGGACAUAGUGUUAACAGCACGGAGAAGUGCUGAGAUGAUACAGGAGGCUUCGUAAGCAGGCAGUCCACUGGCUGUUAGAAAGCCUUUCCUAAAGGUUCUGUCGCUCUGUCUGUCUUUACUGAGAAAAACAUUAUUAUGCAGUGCUUUGCCAGCAAAGAAAAUAAGUACAAAUCUUUUGCCCAGAUGAAGCGAAACUUGAGAUUUAUAGUAUUGUUUUCUUAAUUCACGGCACUGAGGCAAACUGUGUUUAUACAAAUAUUAAGAGUAAUAUGGAAUACAGCUAUGAUGACCCAUGUUACCUGUAAGUUGAGUGAAUCUGUUUUGGUAAUCAGCUAAUCAAUAUAUCUUUUCAUCUUCUCAUUGCAGUUGCAGAUGUGAUAGCAAAAACCUUAUUUCAUCCAGCCCUGAAGUCAGUGCAUAUGACAGACCCUGAUUUUUUUGUUGCACAUCAGAAGGGCUUUUCAGGGGACAAUACACCUAUUCCGCAAAUCACAGAGAUCGUUGGUUGGAAAGUUAACACAUGAAUUUAGGUUGGUUGCAGCAGAUAGAAGGUCCUGGAAGAUCCUGCUGUUUGGUGCUAUAAAUUUAAUAUGUAUUGGCUUCCUGCUAAUGUGGUGCAGCUCUACAAACAGCAUAGCUUUAACUGCUUAUACAUAUUUGACAAUCUUUGAUCUUUUCAGUUUGGUAACGUGUCUAAUAAGCUACUGGGUGAUGAUGAAGAAACCCAGUCCAGUCUAUUCAUUUGGGUUUGAGAGAUUUGAAGUUCUAGCUGUUUUUGCUUCUACGGUUCUGGCACAGCUUGGUGCUCUUUUUAUACUAAAAGAAAGUGCAGAGCGGUUUCUGGAACAACCUGAAAUACACACGGGGAGACUGCUGGUUGGUACUUUCGUGGCUCUCUUUUUCAACUUAUUCACAAUGCUUUCCAUUAGGAAUAAGCCUUUUGCUUAUGUCUCUGAAGCUGCCAGCACAAGUUGGCUUCAGGAGCAUGUUGCAGAUCUCAGUAGAAGUAUUUGUGGAAUCAUCCCAGGAUUGAGUAGCAUCUUUCUGCCACGAAUGAACCCUUUUGUCUUGAUUGAUAUUGCUGGAGCUCUAGCCCUUUGUAUUACUUACAUGCUGAUUGAAAUUAACAAUUAUUUUGCUGUAGACACCGCCUCUGCUAUAGCAAUUGCUUUGAUGACUUUUGGAACCAUGUAUCCCAUGAGCGUCUACAGUGGUAAAGUACUACUUCAGACAACCCCACCUCAUGUGAUUGGCCAGUUAGAUAAACUUCUUAGAGAGGUUUCAACUUUGGAUGGUGUCUUGGAAGUUCGAAAUGAGCAUUUCUGGACAUUAGGUUUUGGCACUUUGGCUGGAUCAGUACAUGUCCGAAUUCGGAGAGAUGCAAAUGAACAGAUGGUACUUGCCCAUGUCACUAAUAGACUAUACACGUUGGUCGCUACCUUGACUGUUCAGAUUUUCAAAGAUGAUUGGAUCAGACCUACCUUGUCAUCUGUGCCUAUUGCAAACAAUAUGCUGAACCUUUCGGAUCAUCAUAUUAUUCCUAUGCCAUCUUUGAAAGCUGCCGAUAAUUUGAACCCUGUCACAUCCACUCCAGCCAAGCCUAGCAGUCCACCGCCAGAAUUUUCUUUUAAUACACCUGGAAAAAAUGUGAACCCGGUUAUACUUUUAAACACUCAGACAAGGCCCUAUGGAUUGGGCUUUAAUCAUGGAUCUGCACCUUACAGCAGCGUAUUCAGUCAAGGAUUUGGAAUACCAGGAAUGGGAGCAACUCAAGGAUUCAGAACUGGUCUUACAAAUGUCCCAGGCAGAUACGGAACAAACACUCAUGGUCAACCCCGGCCAUAAUAAACACCGUUAUUUAUUGUACUGAGGGUAUUGACUUAAUUCUUUUAUUACCUAAUUUUUAUAAACAUUUGGAAUAUCAGAGCGUUCUAAAUGGCUGGGAACAAGUGCAUUGUUCAUAUUCAUGGAAUGGUCAAAUUACGUUUUUUUUCUUUUUUUUUUCUUUUUUUUUUUCCUUUGCAUCAGCAAUAGCCUGUGUAAUGGCACAAAUAUUUUCGAGGCUUACAAUACUGUACAGGUAGUUUUUAUAGUGUGUCUGUUCCCAUUCAGCUCCCUUCUUAAAGAAUGACAGCUCCAUGAGAGUAAAAUUGCGAACUGAUAACUUUGGGGUGGCGUGGGGAAGGGGCUGGGGAGAGAAUUGCUUACUGAAUGAUGGUUAAUUAAGAGAGUAGGGAGUUGCAGAAGUACACAUCCCUUAAAAAUAUUUUGAUAGCUGUAUUAAUCCAUGUUUUGGCAAAGUCACAACUAGUUUUUCCCGGGUUGCAAAAACCUAUCAAUAUUCAUAUUAAUGCCAUUGUGAAGACAAACUGGUAUUUCAGAUUCUAAUUAAUUUUAUGAGAGCAUGUUUUUACAUUUUUGUUGAUGUUUUUAUGGGAGUUCAGAUGGUUCAGCAACUAUUUUCUAGCUGUAAGUGUUCCAUAUUAGUCUGUGACUUUUUUCUUUUUAGGUUUAAUUGCAAAAUUACUUAGCAAUAUACUGCAAAAUAAAAUAUUUCAAAUGUAAGAUUUUACAAGCACAUCUUGCUUACGGUUAACCCUAUCUAAAAUACAAAACAGAUGACUGUAUUGUUUGUGAAGCCAGUAUUUAGUUGUUGACUAUUGAAAGUAUUCUUUGAUUUGAUUGUGACUUUAUGUUUUUCCUGUUUGUGUUUUUCCUGCAUUUCCAGGAAAAAAGGAGCUGCUUAUAUACCUGGUUUAUAUCCCGAGUACAGGUUAGGUUGGUGAUUGCUGACACUUGUUAGCGUCAGUGCCAGAGAGGUUAACUUUUGGGGCACACCGGGAAUAAGACUGCCUAACUUGUCUCUGCCUUUGCGUUGUUGUUCUAUUGUACAUCAACAAGGCUUUAUUUCUUCAGGGCUUUUCUAAGAGAGCUCUUCCCUCUGACUGCUAUCUUUUUCUUCAUUGCUCUGAUAAAAAGGCCUUUCAGAAAUACUUUAAUUUUUUCUCUUCUUCCCUGCUGUAUGAAUCUUUUAAUUUCCUAGCCAGUACCUCCACUGCAUGUUCUUCUGCAUCUUGGCUGUUCAGGAAUGGGUUGCCCUUUCCUGCUGUUUCACUUGCAACUCAGGGUGCUAUAUAUUGACUUCCACCUUGUUAAUUUGUGUACUAAGUAGGUGUCCAUCUGUCCAAAGUAGUUAGAGAGCUGCAGUAUCUCAGGGACUCCGCAGAUAUUAAUAUAUUACCUGAAGAUAAUGGAUUUGAUAGAGAGAAAAGUCUUUUUCUCCUGUAGAACUAAGUUGAAAAUAACCCCCAGCCUUCAUGUGAAUUUUCAAGCUCUGUAGCCUCUUCACAAUGGCUGUGGAGCGCUUCAUUUCUUAUGAGAACGUUGCUUUCCUCUUUGUUUUUCCACUACCUGUAGUACUCUCUCUGACAUAUGGAGGAGGGCUUCACUCUUGCAAACAAAGCAAGGUGGCAUGCUGCAUGACAGUGUCUUGCUGAGAUUUUGUAGGCUGAGGGCAGUGUGCUGAGAGCCGCUGGUACACAGUAUACGUAAGUUACAAGUAAGGAAUCUAGUUCUGUACUUCAUUUGCAGCAAAAAUAAUAGUGAGAGUGCUGUGAUAGAAGAUGUAAUGACCUGGGAAACUUGUAUUAGAAACGACGGUGAACUUGUAAGUACAGGCGAUGUUUUUCUGAAAGCAGCAUUAGCUCAGUCGUCACCUUUCAUUAUUCUGUCUUUGUGAAGUCAGUCUCCUAUCAGAUGUGCCCUUGCUGCAUGGGAAUUCACUGAAGCACAGAACAUUUGAACAGAUUCUCUUUACCUCUCGGGUGCUGAGCUAGACCGCGCUCUCUACGAUAUCUUCAACGCCUUGGAGCCAGCAGAAUGUUUACAGUACGCUCCUCUUAUGUGGCCUGAGAACUGUUCCUUUCUCCAGUUUCAUAACCAAACAUUUCUCUUUCUGUGACAAUUUAAAUAUAUUGUCUUAUAUUGAUUGCAUGCCUACUUGUUUUUAGUAGAAAAUUAAAGCUUCAUUUUGUUAAAAAAUGAGGCUGAUCUUUGAUUCAAAGUGGGAAGGGAGAACAGAAUCCCAGAAUUCUGAGUGCAAUAUGAUCAUGAAAUAUUUUUUGGAAUAAUUGUUUACAAUAUAUAUCUAAUCUGCAGAUGAUAAAGAUUCUUUUAGACAGUAGAACAGCUUUUUAGCUGCUUUAUUGUUAUGAAUUUAUUCAGACUGUUUGUUGAAUCAGCAUAGAGUCAAGUAUGAUCCUUAAAAUGACAAGGAAAAAAGUGGUCAUUUAUGUGCAGGAUUUUAUAGUUAUCUUUCUAUAUAUUGAUGUUUAAAUCAUUCUCUCAGGUGAUAUUUCAGUCUCGAUAAGCAGAUGUGUGAAACUUAGCAGAACUAAGUGUUUUGCUGGGUGUGCUACCAGUCUAAACUGAGUUCUUGCGGUAAUUCUACCAAAAGGAAUUUUACUGCAUUUUGUCUUUUCUAAUUGUAUUUUACUUUUAGUGUUAUAUGGUCACAAUCAGAAGGUGUAUUUGAACUGUGGUGAAUAAGAACUGCUGGUUUAGGCUGUCUUCAUUCAUGAUCCAAAAGCUGUCCCAGCUAGAGGAAGAAGAGGGCAUAUUCUCACUGUUAUUUCUAUCUGCCAGAGGAUUCAGCAUUGUUAGUUCUUUAGCCUGUUCAAACUGUUUGCAUAGGAAAGUGGCCACUUCGGAAGCACAUAAAUGCAUCAAGUUUUAGAGUAUCUAAGGGAUGUGUAUCAUUACUUAGGCUAGGUUUAUUGUGACAAAGUGAUAAUGUUGUUCAGUGGCUA